UCAGUUCCAAGAACAAAGUGGCACGCAGCCCUAAGUCUCUCAUUCCCUUCCCAAUCUCCACACGCCCCUUUCUUCCCCUCCCUGAGAACGACGACCUCCACCAUCUCCAUUUCUUCUCCCACUUCCAGGCUCCCCAUAACUUUCUCCUUAUCCUCAUCCUGAUCGUCAUUCAUAUAUAAUGGCUUCGGCCUCUGCCUCUGCUCUGCUCAGAGCUUCAAGAGCAAGGUUAUUUUCCCCUUCUUUAUGCUCCAGACCCUUUCCCUCUGCUUCUUCUCCCAAGCCUUCCUCCCUCUCUUUUGUUUCUACUUAUAGAUCUCUUUCUGCUUCCUCUGCCUUUCGAUCGACUGCUCGCUGGAGCCACGGUGUCGGUUGGCGUUCUCCUCUUAGUCUUCGUGCUCAGAUCAGAGCCGUUGCUCCUGCGAUUGAACGUCUCCACCGCAAAUUCUCUUCCAUGGCUGCUGAAAAUCCUUUCAAGGAAAAUUUAACGAGUCUUCCUAAGCCUGGCGGUGGAGAAUAUGGGAAGUAUUACAGUCUACCGUCUUUGAAUGAUCCGAGAAUUGAUAAGUUGCCUUACUCCAUCAGAAUAUUACUUGAAUCUGCAAUUCGGAACUGUGACAAUUUCCAAGUGAAAAAGGAAGAUGUCGAGAAAAUUAUUGAUUGGGAAAACAGUUCCCCAAAGCAAGUUGAAAUUCCUUUCAAACCUGCUCGUGUCCUACUGCAGGAUUUUACCGGGGUACCAGCGGUCGUUGAUCUUGCUUGUAUGCGAGAUGCCAUGAACAAACUGGGCAGUGAUUCCAACAAAAUUAAUCCCCUGGUUCCUGUAGACCUUGUGAUUGAUCAUUCAGUUCAAGUUGAUGUAGCUAGAUCAGAAAAUGCAGUUCAGGCCAAUAUGGAGCUUGAAUUCCAAAGGAACAAGGAAAGAUUUGCUUUCCUAAAAUGGGGGUCUAAUGCAUUCCAGAAUAUGCUGGUUGUUCCUCCUGGGUCUGGUAUUGUGCAUCAGGUCAAUUUGGAAUAUCUUGGAAGAGUGGUUUUCAACACUAGUGGUCUGCUCUACCCUGAUAGUGUUGUUGGAACUGAUUCUCACACAACAAUGAUUGAUGGUUUGGGGGUUGCUGGUUGGGGUGUUGGAGGUAUUGAGGCAGAAGCUGCCAUGCUUGGACAGCCAAUGAGCAUGGUAUUGCCUGGUGUUGUUGGGUUCAAGUUAUCUGGAAAAUUACGAAAUGGGGUCACUGCUACUGACUUGGUUUUGACUGUGACACAAAUGCUGAGGAAGCAUGGUGUUGUUGGCAAAUUUGUUGAGUUCUAUGGGGAUGGCAUGGAGGAACUAUCUUUAGCUGACCGGGCUACAAUUGCAAAUAUGUCUCCUGAGUAUGGUGCAACUAUGGGGUUCUUUCCAGUGGAUCAUGUUACCUUGCAAUAUCUCAAGUUAACUGGAAGAAGUGAUGAAACUGUGUCGAUGAUCGAAGCUUACCUCCGGGCAAAUAAAAUGUUUGUUGACUAUAAUGAGCCCCAACAAGAAAGAGUUUAUUCAUCUUACCUACAAUUGGACCUUGCGGAUGUUGAGCCAUGCAUUUCAGGACCAAAAAGACCUCAUGAUCGUGUGCCUUUGAAGGAGAUGAAGUCUGAUUGGCAUGCCUGCCUUGAUAACAAAGUUGGGUUUAAGGGAUUUGCUAUACCAAAAGAAGCACAAGAUAAAGUGGCGAAGUUUUCAUUUCACGGACAGCCAGCUGAGCUUAAACAUGGUAGCGUUGUUAUUGCAGCCAUAACAAGUUGUACCAACACGUCAAACCCUAGUGUUAUGUUAGGGGCUGCUCUUGUAGCGAAAAAAGCUUGUGAACUUGGUUUACAGGUCAAGCCAUGGGUGAAAACAAGUCUUGCACCGGGCUCGGGAGUUGUGACAAAAUACUUGCUGAAGAGUGGACUACAGCCAUAUCUAAAUCAGCAGGGCUUCAAUAUAGUUGGCUAUGGCUGUACAACCUGUAUUGGGAAUUCUGGGGAUUUGGAUGAAUCAGUAUCUGCUGCUAUAUCUGAGAACGAUAUUGUUGCAGCUGCUGUGCUCUCUGGAAACCGGAAUUUUGAGGGUCGUGUUCAUCCCCUGACCAGAGCAAACUACCUUGCUUCACCUCCCUUGGUGGUAGCUUAUGCCUUAGCUGGCACGGUUGAUAUUGACUUUGAGAAGGAUCCCAUUGGAAAAGGGAAGGAUGGAAAGGAUAUCUAUUUCAGAGAUAUCUGGCCUUCUACAGAGGAAAUAGCCGAGGUUGUUCAAUCUAGUGUAUUGCCCGACAUGUUCAAAAGUACUUAUGAAUCAAUUACAAAAGGAAACCCAAUGUGGAACCAACUUUCAGUACCUGAUGGCACCCUGUACUCAUGGGACCCCAAGUCCACCUAUAUUCAUGAACCACCCUACUUCAAGAAUAUGACCAUGGACCCUCCAGGAGCACAUGGCGUUAAGGAUGCUUACUGCCUCUUGAACUUUGGAGAUAGUAUCACUACAGAUCACAUUUCCCCUGCAGGAAGCAUCCACAAGGACAGCCCUGCAGCAAAAUACCUUAUUGACCGUGGAGUGGAUCGCAAGGAUUUUAAUUCUUAUGGAAGUAGGCGAGGCAAUGAUGAGGUGAUGGCAAGGGGUACUUUUGCCAACAUCCGCCUUGUUAACAAGCUUUUAAAUGGUGAAGUGGGCCCCAAGACCGUUCAUAUUCCCACCGGAGAGAAACUUUAUGUCUUUGAUGCAGCAGAAAGAUAUAAGUCAGCCGGUCAAGACACCAUUGUGCUGGCUGGGGCUGAGUAUGGAAGUGGAAGCUCUCGGGAUUGGGCUGCCAAGGGCCCAAUGUUGUUGGGAGUUAAAGCUGUUAUUGCGAAAAGCUUUGAGAGAAUUCAUCGUAGUAACUUGGUGGGAAUGGGUAUCAUUCCACUAUGUUUCAAGGCUGGUGAGGAUGCCGAUUCACUCGGAUUGACUGGUCAUGAGCGUUACUCAAUUGAUCUCCCAGACAACAUCAGUGAGAUAAGGCCUGGCCAAGACGUGUCUGUCACCACUGAUUCUGGCAAAUCUUUCACCUGUACGGUGCGCUUCGACACUGAGGUGGAGCUGGCCUAUUUCAACCAUGGAGGUAUCCUUCCCUACGUUAUUCGAAAUCUCAUCAAGCAAUGAGGAACACGUGUGGUGAAGUUUUCUUGUUUAGCAGCAUCAGCCGUAGGGGACUUGGGCGUGAACUCGCCCUUUUCUUAUUCCCCAUUUUCGUUAAUAAGGAAAUAGAAAAUCCCUGAUGGGACUCAAUUUUUUUGAAUAGAGAGCGAUCUAUAAGCAGCAGGUUAGCCUGUCUAAGAACUGGCGAGGUUGUAUUUAUUUCAAUUGUAACGAUUAUUUUCAUCUGAUAGUAUUAAUCCUGUCGCUGUUUCAUAUCUCA